AUGCCUUCCCCGUUUCCCGGCUCGUUCCAAGCGUCCCUUGAAGCCUCCUAUUCGGCCUCGCUUCCGCUUACCGUGCCGCAUCUCGCGGCGCCUCUCGACCUAAGCCCGCACGCGCACCGCCAGACGCGGUUCGCGGUGGCUCUGGCGGCGCAACUGUCGCUCUUCUCCGUGCUCGCGCUGCUGCAACCCGUCUCCGCGCUCGCCCUUGCGCAAUCCGCGCGAACAUCCUCCCGUCGUUCUUCCGCCUCCGCCAAUUCCACGCUCGCUCUCUUGCCCACGUGCCCCGCCACGUGGCACGAAACGGACGGAGCUGCUGCUGCAGUAAGCGAUUUGGAAAAAUUUAAGCUGGCAAGAAGGCUGAGCAAGAGUUCGACGACUAAGGGCCUUGAGAAGCGGCGGGAUUCCCGCCGCCUAAUCAAAACGGCAAAAGCAGCGGGAGCGGCGGUCGCGGGGGAGGCGCUUGCGGACGGGGCUUUUGCCGACACGUUCGCGGCAUUGGCGGGGGACGAUUGGGUUCCGCAGAACGGUAACGGAGCGGCGCGCAGAAGCAGCAACGGGAACGGGCGGGGGCUGUGGGGGGGGGUGCGCGGGGGAGACGCUGCGGCGGGGAGGGGGGAGUGGCAGGCGGUGAGCCUGGCGGAAGCGCGGGAGAUGGCGGAGCCGCCGUUCAAGGUGGCGGCACCGGGACAACGGAUUGUAGCGAUCGGCGACGUGCACGGCGACUGGGAUCAGACCCUGGCGGCGCUGCGCGUGGCGGGCGUGCUGAACGAGAAGGACGGCGUGAGCGACGACGAGAUGUGGACGGGCGGAUCCACGGUGCUUGUCCAGGUGGGAGACGUGCUGGACCGUGGUGACGAUGAGAUUGCCAUUCUCUCAUUGCUCAGGCACCUGGACCGGCUGGCACAGCGGGAAGGGGGAGGCGUACUCAUGUUGAACGGUAACCAUGAAACGAUGAACGUCGCAGAGGAGUUUCGGUACGUGUCGGACGGGGGCUUCGAGGAGAGUGAGGACUUCUACUCCUUCUGCCUCUCCGAGUGCGGCGGCGACUGGGACAGCGCGUUCCGCGUGUGGUGGCAGGCCUCCCAGCAGCUCAAGGCGUCUAAGAGGCGUCGAAAGGGGCCGUGGAACGGAUGGAACCCCAUUCAGGGCCAGCGGCAGGUGCGGGAGCGGCACGAGCUGUUUGAGGUGGGCGGGCCGAUGGCAGCAGAGCUGGCGCGGAACAAUGCUGCUCUCAUGGUCAACGACACCCUGUUUGCACACGGGGGCAUCCUGCCUCACCAUGUGGAAUACGGCCUGCCUCGCAUGAACCGGGAGCUGUCGCAGUGGAUGCGCGGCGAGGAGGUGUGGGGCGAGGGGGGGCGCACCCCGAUGCCGUUCAUCGUGACGAGGGGCUAUAACAGUGUGGUGUGGACUCGGCUGUACUCUCAGGAAUACCUGGGGUCUGGCGAGGACAAGUACAAGAUCUGCACUGUGCUGGCUGCUUCGCUGGACGCAGUGGGGGCAAAGAGACUGGUUGUGGGGCACACACCGCAAGUGGGCGGGGCUAACGGAGUGUGGCGCAUCGACGUGGGCAUGUCAUCAGGCAUGCUCAACGCCCCACCCCAGGUUCUGGAGAUUGUGGGGGACUCUGUGCAAGUGCUGGGUGCGCGCACCACAGACGGACUGGCUGCCAUGCGCGUCAGAAGAUGA